CAACGCUGAAGCGAUUACUCAGAUUUUCGAACAAAGAACGCGUACGUUCGAGAAACAUCGCAGGUGAACGUUCAAAGAUAAAAACCUAAAUAUUUUCUAUGCAAUACAAAACUUCAACGCAAAAUGGAAAGUUCACACAGAACUAUUCUUGAACGCUUACGGAAGAAGAUAAUUCUCGAUUUAGACGUAGAUAAUGAUAUUAUACGCCCUUUGAAAGCCGAAUUUAUUUUACACGACAGAGAUGUGGAACGCAUCAAUGCUGGAACUGAUAACCAGGCUAAAGCUAGCAUUUUGUUGGAUAUACUUCCAGGAUGUGGCCCACGCUCCUUCGAUAUCUUUCACCAAGCAUUAAAACAUCAUUACGAGUGGCUUAGCGACGCUAUAGAUGAGUUGCUCAGUAACGACAAAGCAGAAAGAAAUGGGGUAGAUUGUUGUUACGCAAGCAUACCACCCAUUUCCCCGCUAUCAGUUACUAGAGAAGAAAAGAUUAUCCAGUUAAAAAAUGCUUUGCAGCAAUUAAAGCCUGGGGAAUAUGUUACGUUACAUAGUAUGAAAGGAUUUGGAAAGUCAUGUUUAACUGCUCUUACGAUGAAAGACAUGAAAUUAGUGACAAAUCUGUUCGCAUGCCAGGUUUAUUGGAUCAAAUUUGUUUGUGAACGUCCGGUCGACGAAGAAAUAUUAAUUCAAUUAAACACGCUAUAUCACAAUGUGAAAAACUUAAAAAUCCAAAUAGAAGUAUUCACUCUGCUGGAAAAAGAUUCCUUGAUCCGGUUUUUGGAGCAUUAUUUCAGUAAACCGACCAAUCAAAAUGCCUUAUUAAUUUUAGACGACGUUUUCGACAAGAAAAUUAUCAAAGCUUUUGAUUUUAAUUGUAAGACAUUAGUUCUUACCACCGACAUUGAUGUUUUAGACGGGAAAAGUAUCAAGCAAACAAUAAAGUUGGAUGACGGAUUUACAGAAGCUGAGACUCUCGGUUUAUUCGCUCAAGUGUUGGAUAUACCUGUAAACAAAUUACCCCCAGAAGCAAAGAGUAUUCACAGAGAAUGCAAGGGAAUGCCGUUACUCAUAGCUAUGUUUGCGGCACACUUUGAACAAUUUAAAGAAGACAUGGUGGAUGGAACGCGUGAUAGAUGGAAAUAUUAUCUAGAAUCUUUGAGAAAAAAGGAUCCGAACAACAGAGUAAUCAAAAAGUUCUUAGAAAAGCAAGAGAUUAUUUUUGAUAUGUGUAUUGAUCAACUGAAACCAGAUUUGAAAGAGCAGUACAAACAACUAGCUAUUUUCAAUGAAGAUGUUAACAUAACGCGAAAUGCGUUACAAAUUAUCUGGAAUCAAAGCAUAUUCGACGUGGAUGAACUGAUGCUGGAUCUGUGUCACAAAUCACUUGCCGCGAAACAAUGGAACAAGGACACAAAGAGCUACAUUUACGGUGUGCACGAUUUACUGUUAAGCCAUCUGCGGAAAAAAUUAAAGCCGGACGAACUGACACAGUUGCACAAGUCGGUUGUUGAGAAAUAUCGUAAAUACUGCAACAACGAUUUCUCAAAGUUACCGAACGACAAUUACAUAUAUUCCUACAUUGGCCACCAUUUGGAACAAGCCAAGUUGUACGAGGAUUUCCCGAAACUUUACUUGAACUUUGAUUUUAUCCAAGCUAAAAUAAUGCACUCAGGUUUGAGCGAUCUAUUGCUAGAUCUAACGAAAUAUCGCACGUACAUAACGUGUGACAGCAAUAAGGAAUAUGUCUCCGACUUGGAAACAUUUCUCCAAGAGCAAGUGAGCGUUAUAGCAGAACACAGACGCAAAAAGUGCCUCGAUAUAAUCCAAAUCGCGAUGAAUUCCUUGCACGAAGGUUAUAUCACCCAAAAGGCAAGAGAUCUGGCUACAGAAAGACAAAAAUAUCUUUAUUUAUCUCACGAUAAAAAGCCCGCGCAAACCAAUACGGCGCUCAGCGAGGAGAUGUCAACUGAAAUAUGUAUAUCAUCCUUCACGGACGAUCCUAACUUGAUUUUAACUGGGUAUACCUCAGGCAAAGUAAUUUUGUGGAACUGCGAGAACAAACAACAAACUGCCUUCAACAGUCGCAGUAACGAAUCUCCCGUUAAAAAGAUCGUUGUAUCCGAAGAUGGUAACGAAUUCCUAAUAUUGACCGACGACGGCGUGGUAAAAAUGUUCCAUCUAUCCUAUGAUGAACAAGAUUAUCGAUGUUGUACGCGCGUACGUAGUCCCAAGGAGAAGCAAGCGAGUUGGACCGGGUUCUUUACAAACGACAAUAAUCAGGACGACAGUUUAUCGAAAUUGUCGAUCAACGAUGAAAUUAUAUUGGACGUGAUAUUCGGGAACGAGGAUGAAUUCAUCGCUACAUGUACCAACACAGGAGAGAUACAGAUAUGGGAUCUGGAUGGUAAAAUCAUAUAUAAGAUAAAUGACAAAAAUCUAAAAUCCAAUUCAAUUACAAAAAUAGCAUUCACUGAUAAGGGUAUGCUGUUACAUGUCAUGAAUGAAUCGAAGGGUUCAUUCUGCGUGUACUCCAGAGACAGUACUGUUCACAGCAAAUACAAUUAUGUCAGCUCUUAUAAUAUACAUGAGAAACAGGUUAUUUAUUUCCAUAAGGUGCCUUUGCACGAUAAUUCCUUAAUGAUCGUGACAACUAAGAGAGCUCUUUAUGUAAAGUGGGUGCAAGUGACAAACCAACAGUCAAUAUGCAACUUUAUAAAACAGGAAAGGGCAUAUGUAGAAAACGAUACAGUAACCUAUAUCUGUGCUGCUAUUACCUAUGAUGGAGAGUUUUUGGUUGUGGCUGAUUCUGCUGGUUUUAUCAACAUAUGGCAUACAGAUGUUGGCCAGCCUAUUGCAACAUAUAAGAAUCAUGUCACGUCUCUAGAUACUUAUUGGUUCAAGGAUCAAGACUAUCAUCUUAUAUGCGGAAGCAGAAACAAUUUGCUACACAGAUGGAAAUUGCCAGUGCAUAUGUCACCAGCAUUAGUAAGGAAAUCCCUAUUUGACGCUAUUGUUCAACCUUAUGGCAAAGAGGACAUUAUAGUGAAAGAAAGCUACACGAAUCAUAUGGUAGUAUUGCGUGGGGAAACAGAAAUAGGAAAAUUCACGUAUAUCUCAACAGUAGGUAAAAUAUCGAGCGUGAAAUUGUUUUGUAAUGGAGAAAAAGUGUUGUACACCUUAGAAAAGAAAUUUGUGUCGAUCAACAACAACAAGCUCAUGAUAUACGAUAUACAAACUGAUAAGUCAUUUGCCAUUUUCGAAUCAAAGAACCACAUAGAAUUCGAUAUUUUAAACAUUGAUGGUAAUGAUAUAAUCGUCAGUAGAGAUACGGACAACAGUUUGAGGGUAUGGCAAAACCCUAAAGUGACAUACUUGAUAGAUACUACAGGAGGAGGACGAGUUUCAUUUAUUCACAAACUGAACGAUAACUAUGUGAUAACGAUCACGCAGAAUGGUACCAUAUUGAUCUGGUUUGUAGAUCAACCAAUCUGGCUGAGAGGAGACCGAAAAGAUAUUCCUAGUUCAGCGGAUACAAGCAUCUCGUUUAGUUGUCUGAGUCAUCUGAAAACUUAUUUAGCAGUUUUCAAAAAAUCGAAGGCAAGGAAAUGCAUACUGUAUCUCAUCACCUUCUAUGAAAACAAAGAUUUAGUGCCACAACGUAUAGAAAUGGAAGUUUACCUCACUCAUAGUUUCGCACAGGAAGUAACCUGUUGCGACAUUUCGCAGAAUGACCAAUAUAUCGCCGUUGGUCUUGAAACGGGAUUAAUCUCUAUUUUCGACAUACAAGAAAAGAAGGAGAUACAACAAUUGAGCUUUCAUUAUAAUCCUAUCAAGCAAUUGUCUUGGGGCCCGAUUGCCUUAGAGGCACCGAUUCUACUUUCAUUAGCGGACGACGAGCUAGCUUGGUGGAACGUUUCUCUAAAUAAUAAAGUCAACGUGAAGAGAAGAAGUCGAAUGGGCAUUACUCAGAGCAAUAGCACCCCUUCGUUCAAUGCAAAUAACACAUGCCCGAUAAAAAUGCCUAAUAGCCAAAGCUUAAAUGCCAGUGUAUCUAAUUUACAACAUAACACGGAAUCAAGCGCGGAUAUGAACAGCGUCGACUUUACAUGUACAAAUUGGAAGGACAAGGUAAGCAAAGAUCCCGAAAUACCAGCAUUGCUAGCGGCCGUUGAACUGUCACACUGUCGGACCGAAAAAGUAUGCAUCUCCCCGGAUUUCACUAAAUUCGUCAUGGUUGAUAUUUACGGGUCCGUAAGUACAUUUCAACCAUUUCAACCAUUAUUCAAACAUAAUACUUGCAAGUCCGUAAAUACACUUCAACUGUUUAGCAAACUUGAUAAAAAAUGCGAUCUAUUAUAAAGGCUGUGUAUAGCAUUAAUUUGAAUGCAAUUCUUCGGAAUGUGCAAUUAUACAUGUGAUAAAAGAUUGCUUUACGCAGCAGAAUAAAUAUAAUUUCCAUGUGGAUUUUAAAUCACAUGUAAACAUUUGUACAUAUGAUAAUAUUAUCGUUGAAGAAAACGAAAAAAAUAAAAGAUCAUCAUAUAAGAUAGUGAAGCAUGGAUCACAUUAAGAUACACGUUAUCUUCAUGGGAUAAUAAUAUCAUAACGCGAGUUACCACAUGUUACCGCGUACGAUAAAAUGUGUACAUAUUUAGGUACAUAUAUUCCUGUUUUAUACUUUGACUAUGUAUGAUACUGCCACUUGCAUUUAUCAAAAAAUUCAGACUCGUUUUACUAUAUAUAUACAUAUUUACGAAAAAUAAUAAACCAAUUUUGACACGCAUUUUUAUCAUGAAUUUCAAGUCGAAUUUUUAGCCAAUACAAGAACAAGGAACAAACGAGAAUGCUUUCUAUAAAUACAUGAGUUCCUUGUGUAAAUCUUUUAUAUAGAAUAUCCCAGUUCUCAUAAGAGUUCAAUUAAUAUGAUAGUUUCCUAUAAAUUCAAAUAACAAAAAUUCCAACAUAGAAUGUCGAUAUAUAACAAUUAGUAAAUUAGUAAACUAUUAUAGCCUCAACAUUCUAUGUUAGGAUUUUCGUCUCUAUUUGUACCUAAGAAACUAUCAUAUCAAUUAAAAUCGCGAAAACUGAAACACCCCAUAUGUUUGUGCCAUUUGUAAAACCUAUAGAAAAAUUUCUCUAGUUGCCAAAUAUACAUAUAUAAUAGAUAUAUUUCCAUGAUUAUGGAAACGAUUGUGUUUAAAAUAAUUUUUGGUAAAUGCUACAUUUUUAUACUUUCCCCUAUGUAUUAUUUUAUAUUUAAGAAUAUAUUAUACUUUAAUUAUGUAUUACUAGUUAGCAUAGUUUUAUCUCGAUAUUAGUAGAAUGUACAAGGGUGAACAUAUGUAGAUUACUGAUGUCAUUUAUGGUAUCUCCGAUCUUCAUAUAUGUUAUCAAGGAAAUGAUCCUGCAUAACAAAGUUUUAGUUGGAGAUCAUUGCUUUUUAAAGUUAUGAACAAAAAAGUUUGAAAAACGUAACAUUUAUUCUCAAUCUUGAAUGAUAUAAUUUAAUGUAAGAAUGACGAUAUACAAGUGAUCAUGGGGGAGGAGUUUCGCCCCGCCCUGCUAGUUAAUUUAACGUAACCUAACCCAAACUUAUUUCCUCAUGAAUAAAAGUUGUAUCCAAUAUUAUGAUAUCUCAUCUCUUCAUCGAAUCAUGAAUUGUUAUAUAUAUGAAGAGAUAUGUGUUAUGAAGAGAGAGUUAUAUUUGUAUAGAGAGGUGUGUCAAAGGUCGCAUCAGUAUUUUACAUAUUUUAUUUUUUAUUUGAUAACUUGAAUAUGUUUCUUUUCAUUUGUAGACAUUUACAUUAACGAACAUUCAUCAAAGAUGUGUUCGUUAAUGUAAAUGUAAUGUAUACUUUAUUAAGGUAAUUAUAUAUCGUUAAUUUAACCGUUUGACUGCUAAGCGAUUCUGGCGAGAACGUUCGAAAACUGCGGGACAUAUUUUGACUUGAUAUUGUCAAAUAAAACACUCUCAUUUAGACAAAUAUCAAUCAAUUUUAAUAAUUCUUUUCGUAUUAUAAAGAAACAAUAUUAAUUGUGAAUGUGAAUAAGAAAAAAUAAACAUUAAAUUGUUUUUUUCUUUGAAAAUUAAAAUUUAUAAAAAGAUAACUUAAAGUUUAUUGAUCUUCUCUUAUGAUCAGCACGUAAAGGAUCAUUUUGAUUAGGGGAAGAUCACUGACUCUUACAUGAAAAAUUUAUGUAUAACAACUAUGUUUUGCCGCAUAAAUAGCGUGAAGGCCUUUUUUGCAACAAGCGCAAAUAAGGCGGGAUCGCUUGAUCCCGCUCCUUCUGUUGCUACACACCGUACAUUGUCGUAAGUUACGUCCCGGUAAUUUUUCAAGCGCAAAUUUUUUGGUUGAUGAAGAUGGUUGUGUUGACACGCUAUUUUUAUGAUUCAUCCACUCCUUUUCGAUAUCGUCAAUAAUUUUCGAUGUAAAUUUGAGCCGGUUCAUUUUUUUUCCGGUAGUGUUGGAAACAUACAAAAUAUAAGAGUUCAGCACCAUUCUUCCAAAUAUGUUGAUAUGAUGAAUUAUAAUAAUGCUAUCAUCACUAGUGGUGUCUGUUCUUUCACCAUCCUCAGAAUCACUAGCAGUCGAAUCAACGUCCAAAAUAAGAGCCCGUGACAUGGUUAUUUUUUAAAAAUAAUAUAUAAAAACGGUAAAAAGUUAUUUUAGAAUGCACUCGUUACCUACUUUACAAAGUACGCGUGAGGUCAGACUACGUUCACACCCACGGAGCAACAAAGAUACACUGAAACUCGCAGCGCAAAAGCGCUGCGUCGCGGUUUUCGAGACAAAUGAACGCAGCGCUUUUGCGCCGCGUAGCAGUCAAACGGUUAAUGAUGACUGUUGGUCGUUGGAAAUUUGUAAAUAUUUUCUGUGACACACACACACACACACACACACACACACACACACACACUUAUUAUUACUCUUUCUAAUAUAUUAAUAUUAUGCAACAUUUAUACGUAAAAGAUAGAAUGAUACAUGACAAUAUGUAAAUAUAUCAUGCAAAAAUGGUAAAAAAAAAAUUAUAAGAUAACGGAACAAUGUAGUUCAUGGAUUAUAUAUAAACGCACACAUGUACAUUUCAUUUCUUUUUUGCGUAAUUAAUUACGAUUAUCGCAACUUUAUUAAUGGCUCGUUACCUUUUUUAACAAACCGAUAUGUUCCUUUAUAUGUACGUGUGUGUGUAUAUUAUAUUGUAAACUAAAUGAUGUGUAUGACUUGCAUAAUAUGCAACAAUUUUGUCUUAAUAACCGUUUAUUUUAUAACAUAGUGGCAGUAUUUCUUUAUAUCGUUAAUUUUUAAGCAUUGAUUUUUGUACCAGUGUUUCUCUCGGUGUUGUAUUAAAAACAUUGCGAGAAAAAAGACUGAUGAGCAUGACAGUUUCUAAAUUUUACUAGAUUCAUUUUUCAGUUAAAUAUUGUUGUCAUGUAUAUUGUAAUAUGAUAAGUCAAUGAUGUAAUAAUUUGCGCGAUAAAUUAUGGAAAAAAUGUCGUAAAUUCGACGUGCAUGUGCCUUAUGGAUAUGUACAAUAUGUCUAAAAGGACAAGUUAAUUAUAUAAAUAUGCGAUUAUGUAAAUAAAUUUCCGCAUAUAUAUAUACUUAUAUUCACGCGAUUCUGUUGUCAUGUCUAAGCAUUUAUAACUAAUGGUUUCUUUGGUGCGAAUCACAAUCAAACCGCAUCUAAUUCAACAUGUACUGAUGCUGAUAGAGUAAGCCUCAUUUGUUUAUUUUGACAUGUACUGAUGCUGAUAGAGUAAGCCUCGUUUGUUUAUUUUGACAUGUACCGAUGUUUAUCGACACAAGUAAUAAGUGAUUAGAUACGAGACUUUUUUCCAGUUUAACGAAAUCUAUCGUUGCGAAUAUAUCUAGAAAUAAGUGAUUGAAACGAUUGAACGUAGUCAAAUAUUCUGACUCUGAGCUCAAUUCUAUCUUUUUUUAUUUCAUUUUAUUAUGCGUAAACAAUUUAUUAUACGUAUACUUUAUAAUUUUUAUAUUUUAAUAACUGUUAUAAAAGCGUACC